CAUUUUUUUGAUGAUAAAUGAACAUGCUAAUCAAUUUUUUAUUUCAUAAUUUCUAUGUCAUUAAUUAGAUUUGGGGAUAAUGGGAUAAAUAUGAGAAGAAGCAGAAUCUUGAGUUCAAAAUGGCCGUGCAUUUGCGCUCUGUAGGCAAGUCACUCGAGCAAAUAUCAUUGAACAAUUCUUUUCAGCUAAUUUCUCGCCUGAGUUCUUUGAAUUCCAAUUCCCAAGCUCAAAGAUGGCAAUUCCAGAGCAGGCGCACUCUCAUCCUAGAGACAUUACCUUCUGAAUCCGUAAAGUUAGAACAGCUCUCCAACUCCGAUUCUGGAAUUUUGGAGCUUAAGUUGGACAGGCCGGAUAGAAAGAAUGCUAUCGGGAAGGAUAUGCUAAAAGAACUACAUCAUGUGUUUGAUAGAAUAAAUGAAGAGCGUUUGGCUAAUGUUUUAAUGAUCUGCAGCUCUGUUCCAAAGGUGUUUUGUGCUGGUGCCGAUUUGAAGGAGAGACGGACAAUGGCUCCAUUAGAGGUCAUGGAGUUUGUGAACACUCUUCGGAAAACAUUCUCUAGCCUCGAGGCACUUCGUAUUCCUACAAUUGCUGCUAUUGAUGGUGCAGCCUUGGGCGGUGGACUGGAAAUGGCGUUAUGUUGUGAUCUUCGCAUUUGUGGGGAGGGUUCUGUUUUGGGCUUGCCAGAAACCGGGCUUGCAAUCAUACCCGGAGCUGGUGGGUCACAACGGCUUCCUAGAUUGGUUGGAAAAUCAAAUGCAAAAGAUCUGAUAUACACUGCCCGAAAGAUUAAUGGAAAAGAAGCCUUAUCAAUGGGGCUCGUCAAUUAUUGUGUUCCUGCUGGCGAAGCUCGUCUAAAGGCACUUGAAAUUGCACGUGAUAUAAAUCAGAAGGGACCACUUGCAUUAAAAAUGGCAAAACAUGCUAUCGACGAAGGAUAUGAGUUAGAUAUGGAGUCAGCUUUGGCUUUGGAGGAGGAUUGCUAUGGUCAACUCUUGACCACAAAAGAUCGGCUAGAAGGGCUUGCAGCAUUUGCCGAGCGAAGAACACCGAGAUAUACGGGUGAAUAGACACACCAGAAUAGCAACAUCAAUUGCUCACCAAUGAGUCUUUAAGAAUUCAAAGCAACCAUACAUUGUUUUCUUCCCUUUUUUUUUGGGUAUUUUUCUGAUUCAUUAUCAUGUUGCAGUACAUCUGAGCAAUUGAUCCCCCCAAUUUCUUUCUGUGUUUCAAUAUAUGAUAUGCAGCUCCUUACAUCCUG